CCCCCCCGCCCCCCCCGCCCUGCGUGUGGGUGUGGCUAACCUAACUAAGGGUGUGUGUGUGUGUGAUAGAUUAGAUGGGUGUGGGUGCGACGUCGACGACUGUCCUGGUGGUGUCGACGUAGGUGAGCAGGAGGGCCCCCGCGUGGUUCAUGACCUCGCACUCGCGCUUCUCGGAAAUCAGGCGAUCGUCACAGCUGAUCCUGCACACACACAGACGCACACACACACACACGCACACAUCACCACACAGCCCGCAUCGCAUUCACACGCAUACGCCCAAUCUCUCUCACCAUUUGCCGUGGCCGCGUCUGACGAAUGCGCUGAAGUGCCCCACGUGCGCCUCCAGGCCGUGGUGGACCACCACCGACACGAGCUGGUAGCUGGGGGGCGGGGGCGGGGGCGUUGUCAGGCUCGGGAAGGUGGGGGUGCGCCGCACGCCAACGGGAGUACUCCUCCCACUUGUGACGCUCCUCGUACCGCCACCUACACACACAAACACACACACACACACACACACAGCCGCGGCAUGGUGGGGAUGGUUGUGCUGCCUGGUCCGGCAGGCAGUGGCAGUGGCAGUGAGUCGGACCAGUCGUAGUUGAAUUGGAGUUCUCGGCCGUACUCGAUGACCUUGUCCGUCUUGUGAGCCUGGUGCGCACCAAAGCCCGUCCGCUUCAAACUCAACACCAGGAUCUGACAGACAGAGACCCACCCCACACAAGCAGAGAGAGAAACGACACACAUCACCUACUCUGCGUGUGUGGUUUGUUGGCUGUCUGUCUGCGUUUGUUGCCUACGGGGGGCCAGGUCUCGACGAAGAGUUUGUGAUAUAUGUGCCGGUGCUUGGGGUCGGCGCGCAGGACCUUCUGAGGGUCGCGGUCCACCAGGGUGCAGCAGAUGGCGUCCCUGCAGAUGACGUGAGGCACAGGUGGUCAGUGGGAUGUGUCUGUGUGUGUGUGUGUGUGUAUGUGUAUGUGCGGCCUGCGUACUCGAUGGUUGUGAUUUCGGAGUCGGUGAUGGCGAGGUCGAGUGUCCAGAAGGCCUCGGGCUUCCACGUCAACUUGUUCUUGUCUGAUGGAUGGAGGGGUCAAGGCACACACACAGACAAGUGGAGUGGCCGAACGAACGAUUUUUGUGUCGGCAAAUCGGUCGCUCGUUCAGUCACUCACCGUUGUCAGACUGCACGACCCGCGACACCACGCCGGCAAACAGCUUGCUGAUGGGGGAUGAAUUGAUGUCCUCCAGAGUGUCGUUGCUGCACACACACACACACACACAGACAUGCACACCCACACCCCUGCCGAUGCGCAGCUUGUCAAGGUGGUGUGCCUACGCGUGGUUGGCGGCGGCUGGUGGAUCGGCGGACGAUGACGACGGUUUGGACGGCUGUGGGGGCGGUGGCGAAUGGGACGAGAGCCGCCCGAGGCUCUGACAAUACAAUACAAUACAAUACAAUACACCACCACCAAGCGAGAUAUGCACUCGCUCACUCACUCACUCACCCCUCGGCGGUAGAUGCUCUCUGUGUAGGUUGUUGAAUAGGUCGAGAAGAAACUCCUGCGGGUCGGAUUGCACACCACCAAAGGCAUGACCGGCUGCACACACCACACCACACCACACCACACCACAUCAUCUGACCUCCUGACACAGAUGUGUUGUGUGCAGUCAUCUGACUGAUCUGUGUGUGCAGGUGCAGGUGAGCGACCUCUGCCAUGUUGGUCGGAUUGGCUCUGCUCGAACUCCUUGAUGACAGUCUCGAAGAAGGCCGACGCGUAGAGGGCCGGGAGGGCCGUGUCCUCGCCAGCCAUCGACCCCUUCUCGGGACCCUUGUCGCUCAAACUCUCCGUGUAAGCCACCUGCACAUCUGUCACACACACACACACACACACAGAUGGACGUGCUGACGACUGUGCGCGUCUGUCUAUGUGUGUAUGUAUCGUCGCCUACAGCUGUCCCUGUCCUUAUGGUGCUCGAGGAUAAGCUGGCAGAUGUCUCGCAGCCUCUGGGUGCGCUCGCGCUCCUUGUCGAGACACGCCUUGUUCUUGGCGCGGUAGAACUCCGCGAAGAUCGCCCGAAACGCCGCGUGGAAGGGGUAGUGCAGACGGUGCUCUUUCGCCCACUCACGGUCGUACUGCGCCGCGUUUGCCAAUCCCUGACCAACCACACGCACACACAGGGCCCGACACACAGAACCGGUUUGUGUGCGUCUCUCUCUCCGCUGUGUGUGAGGGUCGAGACCUACCCUACCUCUGCCGAUAGCGAGAGGUACUCAGCGAACCACUGCAGCGGCAGCAUUCCCUGGAUCAACUGACGGACACACCACACCACACCAUACCACGUGUGUGUGUGUUGGCUGAAUGUUUGUUUACCGCAUUCACGUAGCAGUAGUUCUUGAUGUUUUCGAGGCCGCGGGGCUGCCACAGGGGCUCGCCAUCGGGCAGCGCCUCGUCUUCAUCCUACACGCACACACACACACACACACAACACACCACCGACGGGCGGAUGGAUUGUGAGUGCACCGCUGCAUGCCGGCCGGCCGUUUGGCUCACUCACUGACCCGUUUGAGCAGGAGCAUCUCCUUCUCGUACAUGAGGAUGUGGGACGAUACCGUGGCCAGGUGCGGCUGCCACUGAGGGUUAGAAUCAACCGCCGCAUUCGAGCGGCGCCGAACAUAUUGCUCAAACUGACCACACACACACACACACAGAGCCAAUACAGAUGACACUCGGCGCCACAGACACACACUUGCCCUGCCAUAACGCACCUUGUACACGCGCAGCCUCUCGUGUGGCUUGAGGUCCCGCAGUUCGAUGGUGCGGGCAUCCUUGAGGGCGAAGUAGAGGCCUCGUGUGAUGACGCUGAACUGCCCGCCCCUCACCACCAAGUUGCUCUUGACGCUGUCCGUCAUCCACUUGGUCGACAGCAGCCGCGGCUUCUCGGCAAACUCCAUGUCGUCACAGGCCUCCCCGCCCAUCCCCGCUGCUGCUGCUGCGGCGGCGGCGCCAGGGGUCACCACGGCCGAGGGCGUGCCGAGGGGCGGACCCCACUCGGACCCAGAUGACGUCGACUUGGGCGGCGGGGGCGAGGGACCGGGCAGAGACGCAGGCUUGAUGAUCGGCAUUUGCGGCUGCACCGCGCUGCCUUCGCCGUACCCCUCCAUGGUGCCGCCGCCAGAGGGGCUGUUGGUGGCUGACGGAGGGGUCGCCGAUGGAGAGGGGGAGGGCUGCCGGUCCGGGAAGGGGUCAGUGGAAGAGCCGGAGGGUAUGUCUGCAGAAGAGGGAGGGAGACGGCAGGAUGUGUGUGUGUGUGUGCCGUGCUGGUGGUGUGUUGGUGUGACGCGUGGAGUGCAAUGCGUACCAUUGUGCUGCUGCAGGUGGGAUUGCUUUAGUGCGUCCUUGAGGGCUCUGGCGAUCUCCUUGCACUUCUCCAGGGGCGGGCUGGUGGGGAGGUUGCUGUUGAUGAAGUCAACCAGGUCCGUGAUGCUCUGCACACAUACAGACAGACAGACAGACAGACCGGUCAUCUGGCUGUGUGUACGUGUGAGCAUUGAUCUGAUCCGUGUGCGUGGGUCUCGCGGCUCGCUGACCAUUGAGCUGACAUAGUCGAGGAUCUCCAGGGUUAUCAACGUGUCGCUCAGUUGGUAGCGAUGGAGUACGUCAGACACCGCUGAACAGACACCCACACAACGUACGAUGACCGAUCACUGAGAGGCUCCGUCCACUCCUUCCUCUCCUCACGUGUCGGAAUCCCGCCGCCACCACCAGCAGCGGCUGCCGCUGCCCCGGGCUCCUCGCCGCGACCCCUGUUUGUCUUCUGUCGCCCCUCGGCCGUGUCCACCUCCCCACCGUCAGACGACGUCUGAGUGCCACCGAGGGUCGGGAACUCUGCCGCAACUUUGGGACCGCUGCCACUGCUGUGACGCUUGCCGCGGCCAAUCCCGCCCCGCUGCCGGGCGAGACGCGUGUGUUGUUGAGGUUGAUGGAGUUCUGCUGCGGUGUGGCCUUGGGAGUCAGGAAGAGGGACGGGAAUGUGCCGCUCUCCACGGUCGAUGCGGGUGCGGCCGCCCCAGUUGCUGCUGGGAGGGGGUCGUCCCACACGCUCGUGGAUGCCCCGUUGUGUUGGUGGUGGCGGGAGUGGGGGGCUCUGCUGGUUGUGGGUGGCUUGCUGUUCCAGAAGCCCUCGCCACGUGUCGUGUUGAUCUUGUCGUGAGUGUCGACUGAGGGUCCCUUGCCUUGAUGAAGGGCUGGCGUUGCCACCCCUGGUAGCGACGGUGCCGCCCAAGAAGUCUUUGAUGUCCACUUUGACGCCGGUGAACUUCUGCUUGCCCUUCUUCUUCUGCUGCUGCUUGCUGGGUGUGGACUUGUCCUCCGUCGGGAAAUCCUGAACGAUCGGAGACUGAGAGGCGUCCUGAGUGAGACACACACAGAGAGGGGGGGGUUGAGCAUUCAGAGUGGGAAGGGGGAGAGGGAUGAGGGCUCAGCCUGUGUCUCGACCUGCCCAGCCUCCUUCUGCUCCUCAGCAGGCGGGACCUCUUCACUGAAGCCGUCUUCCCUCUGGAAGGACCCGAACUUGCCCGCCACCGGGGGGCGCGCUCCUGAGCCGCCUGGCCGGAAGAUGUCCGUCCGGGAAGCGCCCGCACGGUUGAUCUCGCUGCUCUCGGUGGGCGCAGCCGAGUGGUCUGCACAUGGACCGAUGGGAGGCACUGGCUGUGAUUGUGAUAGUGGUUGUGUUGUGUGUACCCUUGAGCAGUUACGGGGGGAUCUUGUGGUUGUCUGGGAGCCUCUGGCAGGACUCCUGAGGCAGGCAGAUCAGGACACACAUACACAGAUGUGAUGUGCACUGCACACUGGUAUGCAGUCAGUGUCUGGGUGAGAUGUCGAUCUGUCUGGAUCUGUCUGUGUGUCUGUCUUGUCGAAGUCGGCCGGCACGGAGCGGGGAUACAUACCUUGUCUUUGAACGACUUUAGGAAUUCGAUGGGGUAGAACCGGGGGCUCCCACUCACCAAACUCGUGUGACGCAACGACGGGGAUGCCUCGGGCGGCGCACUGCAAAACAGCAAACACAACACAAUACAAUACAACCACAACACACACACCAACAUGUAUGUGCAUUCCUCACAUGGCGGGCGCCCUCAUGGCGUCGUAGUCCGGGCUCAUGACAUCGCUGGUGCUGGGCCCGCCGACAGAGUUGCGCCUGUACACCCCCGCCGGCUGAUCCGAGUCCGUCUGCUCCUCCUCAGCCUCGCCCGCAUCCUUACAGUCUCCCUCCACACCCUCGUCCAUCGCGGCCCCGGGAGCACCUGGCGUCGCGACGGGCACUGGGGGCUGGGGCGGAGGGGAUGGGGAGAGGGAGAGGGAGGGGGAUGUGGUGUGGACUGCCUCGCCUCCGUCUUGUGGGCGGCCGCUGGGCUGACGGCGCUGGCCUUGACCUCGUCUGAAGCGGGGAUGGGCUCCUCGUCUCGGGUCGACUUUUCCUUGGGUGGCUCCUCAACCACGGCUGGCGCCUCCUUGGCCGCCCCCUGCGACUCUGCUGCGAUGGUGUCCUGCUUGGCAGGCACCAAGGGCUCCUCCCUGACCGGCUCCAUCACCGCCUCCUCCCUGUCCACCUUUGUCUUGCCCGCCGGUGUCUCGCGCCCGGCUGGCGCGGCCUCAGCCUGACCCAUAGGCACAGGGGCCUCCUGACCAGCGACAGCUUCCUCCUCCUUGGUCUUCGUCGGUGAGUGGCGGUGCUCGGGCGACGUAUCCUCGACAUGUGGGCCGACUGGUGUGCCGUCAGGCUCUUGGGCUUGAGGGGCCUGCACGCAACCGUGUGUGACAGAGCAAGGACACAGUGACAUCGAGAUGGGUGAGCGCUAUUUUUCUAGGGGUGGAUGCACCAACCUCUUCCUCGACGGGCAUCUCCUUCUUUGCCUCCCCUCCCGCACCGACUGUUCCCUCCCCCAGCGGCACCUCAGCUUUCUUGUUCUCCUUCUUGGCCUUCUGGACAACCUCGGCAGCUUCAACGACAGGCUCUGUCAUGCAAGCGAACUCUCCAACGGCCGCAGGGGGGGCGCUGGAAGCACACACAAAAGCAGGCAUGACAGCACAACGUGUGCAGGUGUAUGUGUGUUCGAUGCAACACCUGUCUGGUUGUCCCUCCUGUUGGUCUUCGAAGUCGGCUUGGUAGCCCUCGUCCGACUUGACCUCCUCUGACACGGGCUUUCCCUCCUUCUCCACUGGUGCUGGCCGCCCCUCAGCCUCCUUGGCUGCUGGCUGCUCCUCCCUGACGACGUGGGGCUCCUUCACCUCAGCUGCACACGUCAGGCAUUUGAGGAGGGACCAAGCCAUAUAUGACAAAAUUGCAAGACAUUCACUUACCCUCGUCUUUCUCUGUCUUCUUUUCCUCCUCGGUCGGCUCCUCUGUGUGCUCGAAAACUGUCGGUGGCUUCUCGGCGGUCUUCUUGUUAUCUUCCUCCUCGGGGAAGGUCUCCCCGUCGAACCUCCCCGACUUGGUCUCCGAUGACACCAUCACGACGGACUCGCGAGGGGGUCGGGCAGGUGGGGCAGGCUCCUCCACCUUCUCGUGACGCUGAGGGUCCUCAGACGGCUCUGGUGGCCGCUCCCCUUCCUCCUCCCGUCUCUCCUUGGACGCGUUGGGCUGGGCGGUCGAUUCGGGCACAUGGGGAGGGUGUGAGUGGUCGUCUUGCUGUCUACCACAGCAACACCACCCCUCACACCUCCCCACUCUUACUCUCGGGAAGCAAUUUCCCAUCUUCUCC